AUGACUUUAUCGAAAGAUAUAUUUAAUGGUCUACAAGAUCUAUGUGUCCUAAAUUUAAAUUCAAACCAACUGAUUUAUCUUGAGCCAGGUAUUUUCGAUGAUUUAUUGAACUUGAAUGAUCUUUAUAUCAAAGAAAACAAUCUCACAACUUUAUCGAAAGAUAUAUUUAGUAGUUUAAAAGAUCUUAGUUAUCUCAUUUUAUACUCAAACAAACUGAAAAAUCUUGAGUCAGGUUGUUUCAAUGGUUUAACAGGGCUAUAUGAGCUUAACAUCAGCAACAACAGUCUAACAACACUGUCCAAUGGUGUAUUCAACGAUCUUAAAUAUCUUUGGAAACUACAUUUGAAUUUAAACCGACUACAGAAUCUUGAGUCAGGUUGUUUCAACGGUUUAACAGAACUCUACGAGCUUGAUAUCAGACACAACAGUCUCAUAACAUUGUUUGAAGGUGUAUUCAAUGGUCUUGAUAAUCUGCGAAUAAUAUAUUUAGGCUCAAACCAACUUAAAAACCUUGAUUCAGGUUGUUUCAAUGGUUUAUCACGACUUGAGGAUCUUGAUAUGAGCAAGAACAGUCUGUUAACAAUCUCCGAAGGUAUUUUCAAUGGUCCCGAAAAUCUCAGGAAUUUAGAUUUAGAUUCAAACCAAGUCACCAAUCUUGAGGCUGGUUGUUUCAAUGGUUUAUUACAACUGAACAAGCUCGAUAUGAGUAACAAUAGUCUGAUAAUAUUGUCCAAAGACAUUUUCAAUGGUCUUAAAAAUCUUCGGACAAUAUCUUUGUCUUCAAACAAACUAAAAAAUCUUGAGUCAGGUUGUUUCAAUGGUUUAUCACAACUCGACGAGCUCGAUAUAAGCAACAAUAGUCUGAUAAUGUUGUCGAAAGCCAUUUUCAAUGGUCUUAAAAAUCUUCAGACACUAUAUUUGUAUUCAAACCAACUACAAAAUCUUGAGUCAGGUUUAUUCAAUGGUUUAUCACAACUAAACCAUCUUAAUAUUAGCAACAACAGUCUGGCAACAUUGUCUAAAGAUGUAUUCAAUGGUCUUGAAAAUCUUCAAAACUUAGACUUAAAUUCAAACACAUUAAGCAAACUUGAGUCAGGUGUUUUCGAUAAUUUGUCGAAACUUGAUAUGCUUAAUAUGAGCAGAAAUAAUUUGACAACAUUAUCAACCAAUAUAUUUAAUGGUCUCGAAAAUCUUUGUCACCUAGAUAUACAAUCGAACAAACUGAAUAAUCUGGAGCCAGGUUGUUUCAAUAAUUUAUCACGACUGGAGAAAAUUGAUAUUAAUGAAAACAAUCUGACAAUUUUAUCGAAAAAUAUCUUUAGUUGUCUCAAUCAUCUUAUAGAGUUGAACAUACAAUCUAAUCAACUAAGAACUCUUAAGUUAGGUUGUUUCAAUGGUUUAUCACAACUCAAAAAAAUGAAUGUCAGUGAAAACAAUUUGACAACUUUACAAAAAAAGAUCUUUCGUGGCCUUAAUAAUCUUAUUAAUCUAAAUCUAGAAUCUAAUCAACUGGCAAAUCUUAAGUUAGGUUGCUUCAAUGGUUUAUUACGCCUUGAGGAAAUGGAUAUCAGUUGCAACAAUCUGACAACUUUACGAAAAAAUAUCUUCAGCGGUCUUAAUAAUCUUAUAGCUAGACCUAUAUUGUAUUCAACUAAAAAAUCUUGA